GUCGUCUAGGGGCUUGUCCCUUUCUUAGUUUCGUGGGUAUUUCAUCAUCCACAUUUUGUGUACAUUUUGUAUACGUGUGUGAUCAGAUCAGAAAUCGGGAACAGCUGUGUAGCAGUGCAAUUCACGUGUACCACCUAUUCGUUUUGGUGUGGCUCAACAUUUGUUUACCAUAAAUCUUGUUUUCUGGACGCUGAAGAGUGGACAUCAGAUUCAGUAUUUGAACUUUGAAGGCAACGAGAGCUGAACUAUGUCAACAGAUGCAGGAAAGAAGCGCUGUCAGCCGGAAUGGGAGCCCCCAAGCGGAGCCCAGAAGGCUCAGCUUCGCCACUUCAACAGUCUAACCAGACAGAAAGAAUUGUUCGUUCCCCAAGAAGGCAAGCGGGUAUCAUGGUACAGCUGUGGACCCACCGUCUAUGACGCAGCUCACAUGGGACAUGCAAGAUCGUACAUAUCAUUUGAUAUCCUACGCCGAGUGAUGACCAAAUACUUCAAUUAUGACGUGACCUAUGUCAUGAAUAUCACAGACGUAGAUGAUAAGAUAAUCAAACGUGCUCGGACCAACUACCUCUACGAUCAGUACCUGAGCAACACAACCAGCGUCGAGCAAGUAUUGGCCGAUGUCAGACAAGCGCUUGAACCAUACCAGGCCAAGAUGAAUAAAGAAGCUAGUGCAGAUAAGAAGGAUAUGCUGAUGAAGAUCAUCAACAAAGUCAGAGAAGCACUUGCGAAAUGUGAGGCAGCAAAGAGCGAAGAACUCAAACAGGUCUUACUAACUGAAGCUAAAGACCCUCUAGCGGAAAUGCUUGAUGCCCAGAAAGGCUGUGAUGUGUCCGACAAAUCCAUCUUUUCAGUAUUACCCCAGCAUUGGGAGGCAGAGUUUCACAGUGAUAUGAAUGCCUUAAACGUCUUACCUGCUGAUGUCUUGACGAGGGUCAGUGAAUACGUUCCAGAAGUCAUCGACUACGUCCAGAAAAUCAUUGACAGAGGCUUUGGGUACGAAUCCAACGGCUCUGUCUACUUCACGACUUCCAAAUUUGACAACGAUGAUAGCCACCACUACGCCAAGCUGGUCCCUGAGGCGUAUGGAGACCAGGCAGCCCUGGCUGAAGGGGAGGGUGAUCUUAGCAUCUCCCCAGACCAGCUGCAGGAGAAACAGUCAGCCAAUGAUUUUGCGCUGUGGAAGAACUCCAAACCUGGUGAACCGGAGUGGGAGUCGCCUUGGGGAAUGGGGAGACCAGGUUGGCAUAUAGAAUGUUCUGCCAUGGCUAGUAGCAUCCUGGGAGAGUCCAUGGACAUCCACACUGGAGGGGCAGACCUUAAGUUUCCUCACCAUGACAACGAACUCGCACAAGCAGAGGCUCACUACGGCAACGACGACUGGGUACGCUACUUCCUCCAUUCCGGCCACUUGACCAUCCAGGGUUGUAAGAUGUCCAAAUCACUCAAGAACUUCAUCACCAUCAAGCAGGCUCUUGAGACAUACUCCUCCAGGCAGAUAAGGCUGGUCUUUCUGCUUCACUCAUGGAAGGAUACGCUGGACUACUCAACAGCUACCAUGGAGUGUGCUGUGCAGUACGAGAAGAUGAUUAAUGAAUUCUUUCUAAAUGUCAAGGAUAUCAUCCAUAAUUCACCCCGGGAGGGCUGUGAAGCAUUCCACAAAUGGACAACUCUUGAGAUAAGGCUCAACAAGCAAUACCUGGAGUGCCAGGAGAAAGUACACAGCACCCUGUGUGACUCAAUAGACACCAAGUCUGCUCUGGAUGCGAUCCGUGCUGUGGUUAACCAGUGCAAUGUGUACAUACAGGAGAGGAGAGGGGCUAAGGAUAGUCCUAAUGCUUUCUUGCUUGGAUCCAUAGCUAAGUACAUCACCAAGAUGUUCAAGAUCUUUGGAGCUAUCGAGGGAGAGGAGCCUCUAGGAUUCCCUGUUGGAGGGGCAUCAGAAAGCGGUAAUGUUGAGCAGACGGUUUUACCGUACCUCAAAGUCUUGGCUGAAUUCAGACAGACCAUCAGACAGAAGGCUAGAAUACUCCAAGCCACUGAGAUUCUGCAGCUGUGUGAUGCCUUGAGAGACGAAGUCUUGCCUGACCUGGGUGUGAGGUUGGAGGAUAGAGAAGGAGAGAACUCAGUCGUCAAGCUGGUCGGUAGGGACGUCCUCAUGAAAGAAAGAGAAUUAGCCAAACAGCAAGCGGAGGAGAAGAGGAAAAAGAAGGAAGAGGCAAAGAAGAGGGAGCAAGAAAAGCAAGCAGCCAAAGAAGCACAAGGAAGAAUUCCACCUCAAGAGAUGUUUAGGAAAGAGACCAACAAAUAUUCAGCGUUUGAUGACAGGGGCCUGCCGACCCACGAUGCAGAGGGGAAACCAAUGAGCGGGAAGCAAUUAAAGAAACUAUCCAAGCUAUACCAAGCACAGGAAAAGCUCUACGCACAGUUCAACCAAAAUACACAGGUCUGCCAAGGGGCCGGGGAAGGUGCCACAGAGGGAACUCAAUGAAACAAUAUGGCUCGUUCAGAUGUACCGUAGUAUUUAAACCGCCCAAGGUUUUUCAUGAUGAUGUGAAGCAUAGUAUGCUUCUCAUUUCUGUAUCGUAUAACACAGAGCUCAGUGUGUACAUGUAUUGUAGGACCUUUGUUGUUUGCUGUUUCCAUUCACUUACAAGAAAAAAAACAUUGUUUUUUGUUUGUUUUUUCCAAAGGUUUGCCACUUUUUUUUAAAGGUGUAAAUGAAUGGCAACUGCUCACAACAAAGGACCUACAAGUAUUUACUGAGCUCUGUGGUAUAUAAAAUACAGAAAUUUGGAGUGCAUUACAGUAUGCUUUUCAUCAUCAUAUCCUCAUCAUAUCCUUUAGAAACCGAAGCCCUUUAGAAGUAUAUUUAUUCAACACUUUGGUUGACUUCUUUGCAUUACUGCAAUUUUGCAAAAAAAUUGAUGGAGGGAUGGCUUUGCAAAGUUACCCGUUUGAUUAUCUUCAUGAUAACCAUAUUUAACACCAGUA